UUCCAAGUAAAUUGGAGCAGUGCUUUCAGUCAACUGGCAACAGACUGCACAGACCUUAUGCUGGAUUAGCAGUGAAAGUGACAGCUGUCAUAUGGGGAGCUGGAUGGAGAUUCGCUUAUUUACCCAACUUUCCCAACCAUCUGUAUAUCCAAUCGCAGCUAUUUUGUUAGUUCUGUGUGUCUCCAUUUUAUUUAAAGCAGAUUAAUGAGGUUGGCUUGAAAUUCAGUUGAAAUCAGGUAUUUACACAAAUGUUUUAACUCAAACAUUUGAGUUAAUUGGAGACAAACAUGUGAAUGUAUUUCUCAAAAUAGAUGGUAACAUGAAGAAAGAACAUUGCGUGGAAGUAUUGAACCGACGUCUCAAGACAUCAGCCAGGAAGUUAAAGCUCAGGCACAAGUUGAUCUUUGAAAUGGAGGAUGACUUUAAGCAUGCUAUUAAAUUACCUCCAAAGAAUCUUAAAGAGGACAAACUCAGAGUUUGGUGGUGGCCGUCACAAAGCAAAGGAUCUCAAUCGAAGAAAACGUUUGUUUAGCUUCUCUUAGAUUUUCUUUUGUAACAAAGGUUUGCCAGUUGAAGUUUAAAGGUUAGUUAGUACCUUACAGCAUUCCUGGUAUCAAAAAGUCAAAUAUUUAGUACUGAAUGGAAAGUUUAGUACUUUCAAACUGUUAUUCAAAUUUGUUGACUCUGUGCGAUCUGCAGCUCCUGUCCAGAUCAACUAAGGACAGGAGCCACUCAUAGAUUGUAAUCUCUGGCUACAAUGUGCUGUAGCCAGAGAUUGUGUUCUACACAACUUCCUUGUAAUUAGAGGUAAUUUGAUCCACCAAGUCACCCAUCUGUCAUAUCUAACCAACCAGGUCAUUCUCGCUUGACAUCAGACAUCAACAAAGCAUUUUCGCCCACACGACCGCAUAAUCUUUCUUUUAUGGUAAAUAAAAUCCGGGCCAUUGAUUCUCUAUGCAAAUCAGACAUAUCAUUAUAGUUUUGCUUGUCUAAAACCAGUUUAUAGUUUUUCUUUUCAAUUUUUUUUUUAAGACAGAUAAUGUCAGCGACCCAGAUGUGAAAGCAGCAUCUUCUUUCCUGUCUGAAAGGUUCAGCUCUGUGCAGCAUUGCGUAUGCACUACAUGUUGCCCAGCUUUCACCUCCAGGCUGUGUCUGUGUGUGUGCACAUGUGUCGAUUUUACACUCAGGGGAUAUUGUCACAUCUGCGAGUUUGCCCACAGUAGCUACUGCGUCAGAUGCUUUGGAUUUCUGUCGUCACUGUUUUACUCUCGUCCUCUUUGAUAAUCUUUGUCUUUUUCUUAUUCAAAAAUCACCAUUAUCUUUUUUUUUCUGCUUUUCUCAUGACAGCUGUUGUGUUCAGCUCUGACUGUUGCAUCUCGUCUCUCCUGUCCAAAUGUUUCUUCUUGUCUCUUUCCUUAAUUCGCUGCCUCGUUAUUCUUUUGUUUUCUCCCGUGUUUCCAGCCUCACACCACCUUGUUUCACCUCUUCAACUGCAAGUAGUACUCACCUCCCGUUUCCUCUUCUUAAAUUUAUCAUCCUUUUCCUCCUUCCUCUUUCACUCAUCCCCAUCACUGACCCAAUUAAGCUCGGGAGGGACACAGAGAGUAGCGGAGUGACGGAGCCAAGGCACAGAGUAGAGAGAGUUUCAGAGUCAGAAUAUGGAAAAUCAGAGAGUCUGAAAACAAUUGCCACCAACCUGUCAGGACCCACACAGUGAAUGGUCCAAACUUCACCUGGAAGCUAAACAACCUCUGACAGGCUGCUGGAGGCGGAGGAGGGAGUCCGCAUCCCCACCGGCUUUUUCUUUCCGCUCUGGAAGAAGAAACAAGGAGAAUAAUAAUCUAUUUUCAGUGAAAAAUAAAGAGGGUGGGGAUCCGUGCGGAGUUAGGAUGGCUGGACACGGCACGUAGAGGAGGACUGAGAAACAAGGACAGCACAUUCCUUUUUGGAAACUAUUUGUUGAGGGGGGGAGGAGGUGUCCGAAGGUGGUCUUCUCCCCCCGCAAGGCAAGAGUAAGAUUUGUGUGAACAGGAACAUAGGGAGAGCAAAGGAGGAAAGGAUGCAUCUGUUCUUCCGAGACAAGUGGGAGGUGGAGGGGCUGCAGACUGUGGGCAUCCUCCUGGUGGUCUGCAGCUCCCUCAAACUGAUGCACUUUCUGGGGCUUAUCGACAUCUCUGUGGCAGACAGUGUUGAAGAUGACUUUGAGUUGUCCACUGUGUGCCAUCGCCCAGAGAGCAUGGACAAGCUGGAAGAGCAGACAAAGUUCACCAAGAAGGAGUUGCAGGUCCUCUACAGGGGUUUCAAAAAUGAGUGUCCGAGUGGAGUGGUGAAUGAGGAGAACUUUAAACACAUUUACUCACAGUUCUUUCCUCAGGGCGAUUCGAGUAUGUAUGCACAUUUCCUGUUUGAAGCCUUCGACACCAACAAGAAUGGCUCCGUUAGUUUCGAGGACUUUGUUUUUGGUCUGUCCAUCAUCUUGAGAGGGACGAUUAAUGACCGGCUAAACUGGGCUUUUAACCUAUAUGACCUGAACAAGGAUGGCUGCAUUACCAAAGAGGAAAUGCUGGACAUCAUGAAGUCCAUCUAUGACAUGAUGGGAAAAUACACGUACCCCACUAUGAUGGACGAUGCUCCAAGGGAACACGUGGAGAGCUUCUUUCAGAAAAUGGACCAGAAUAGAGAUGGGGUGGUCACCAUAGAUGAAUUUAUUGAUUCAUGUAAAAAGGAUGAGAACAUCAUGCAGUCCAUGCAGCUGUUUGACAAUGUCAUCUAAGGAUCUGGACCAGUGAGGAUACUGGCACCAGGGAGGGGAGUGGUGUUGGCGGAAAAGGCAUCAGGACUGAAGAGAUAGAACGAGUUUGUGAAUGUUUGUGUGUCUGUGUGUGUGGCUGAGUGGGAUACAGGCCUGAGCUUGUGUCAUCGCUGAGAACUGUGAAUCCUUUGGGCGCAGAGAGACCAUCACCCUCCUCCUGGACCUCUAGUGGCAUUUCUUCCAGCAACGGUGGAGUUUCCAUGACUCCCAGGCUAAUCGGAAAGAACCUUAAUUAGUUUUAUCCUUGAGCACAGACAAAGAAUGCUUGCAGUGGGCUUACGGCAACUAGCACACCCCCAGCUGUUUUAUUUGAACUUUUAUUUAUUACUGUGUCUAGCGGGUCAGCUGUCACAGCUUGCAAAGGCAGGACUCAGCCGGAUCAAGUUUCCUUUAAAACCUUGAUCCGAAAUAACUUUCUCCCUUUGCCCUAUUAUGCUCGAUAUUUGGAUUUGUGAUUCUGAUCUCGCCUCUGUUGCGCGCCGUGCGGGAACGCCUCCCUGGAGCCGAGAGGAACCAUAGAAAUGAGUCUGUGGCCACCUGGUGGACGUGACGGAGAAAGACACUUCCUGAUGGAGCGACCAACAAAUUGAAGAUCCCAGAGAGUCGAGUUGAAAGCUAAACAAAAGUGUUUUCCAAGAGAAACUGACUUCAGUAUCGCAUGAUGAUGUCACUAAUAUCUAAUUACAUAUUUAAAGAGAUACUCCAAAGUCUGCUCGUCUGUCUGCUGUUCCUAGUCAUUCACAGGUGCCUCACCCUCUGUGUGUGUGCGUGCGUGUGUGUGUGUGCAUGUGUAUCAGGAAGACAUGCUGUCUGUCUUACAGAUGAGUCCCCGCGGUGGGUCGGCACCCCUGUUUAUUCAUGGGUUAGACUAAUUCCUGGCCUUCCAAACUAUCCAGUCCUAGCAGUAGUUGUCUGAUGACUGUUGUAAUGUUUUUAGCAUUCCCAGUGGAAUGACAAUUAGCCAGUGCGAUGUUGGAAUAGCACUAUAGUUGAUCAGCUUUUGACCAGUCAAACCAUGUCAGUAUACGACUGUAAACCGCAGUCAUACUGGGCUUUCAAAUUUCAUUAAAGGGAAAAUCAGUGUAUCCAAGACCGUAUGUGUGAAAUUCUUAUUACCUGAAAUGUCAUGUGGUUGUAGCAGGUUCUACCACUUCAAAAUCAUGUUUAUUUUGAAUAAAAGGCUAUUUAGCUUUUGCAGAGUUACAAUAUGAUGAAUAUGGAUGUUUUGAUUUUUUUUCCCCAUGUCCGCCACAUUUCCCUUUUCUUAUUAUCCAUAUUUCUGCCACCAAAGAGGAAAUAUUAGACAAAUGUGAGUCUAAUGGAUAUGAGAUACUGUAAUCAGUGAGGCAAAAAGCACUUAGAGGUAAAGGUAUGCAGUUUUGCCUGCUCACUGUCAAUGUCACUCAAGGUUGUGAACCUGCAUGAUAAGCUGUUAUGAAUAUUUCUUUAAAAAUGUUUACAGCUACCAUAUAAUUUGCCUCUUUUUAUACCAGAACAUCACUGAGCUCCAACACCUUGUUACCAGAGGCACUGAAACAUUAAUUCAGAGAACCUAACAUGGAAUAGCAAUAAUGUUCUCCAUCACAGUACCUUUCCAUUUCCACCCAAUCUCUCACUUCCUUCAAAGGAACUGCAUUUUUUUUAAUUAUUUUCUUUCAAACAUUCCUAACUCUGUGGUAUAGUUUACACAUGCAGUACUUUUUAUUUUACUAGAAAAGUGUUUCAGCUCAGUUCUUAGGUUCCUGACUACAGUAAAACCUGUCUAUACCCGCAUGUACUGUGUCUAGAGCAAUGAAAAGUUACAUGUUGUAAUGAUUGUCCGGUUAGCUAGCUGCUGGUUGCAUUACAUAUUCAAAAUGUGUAUAUUUUGUACAGAGAUAAUAAAAAUCAGUUACUAUGCAACAUGGGAUGAAAUUUGAA